AUGACGACCGACGGCGGAAGGGUGCGCUUCAACCGGAAGCUGUACAGCAGUGGGCUCGUCUCACUCAGCAUUCCGGGCACGUCUCACGGACACUCGUGGAACCCGGAGAUGACCCUGAAGACGGUGCUGCUUUUGAUCCAGUCGUCGCUCAUCGAGCAGCCGUUGGCCAACGAACGGGAACUGGGACGGGAGUUCGAAACUUGGCUUGAAAAGACGAUUAGUUGCAACGCCAAACUGCGCUUCCAGACCCUCAGGGUUGCGGUUUGCAACGCACUGGAGGCUUCCCUCCUCGGCAACUCGUUGUACCCGCAACUCCUUCAGCAGGCUGUGAUGACGCACUUCGUAGAAUAA